AUGGCGGACUACACCGGCGGCUCGGAGCCUCUCGGCACCAUUCACCCCAACCAGGAGAAGCUUCUGAACCAAAUCUCGGCCUUCCUAUCCGAAGUCGAGAAUCUCACCCCGGGUAAAUCCCUUGAGGACCGUCUGAACAAGAGCUACGGCCCAGGCACCCCGCACUACGACACACUCGCCAACCUUAUCAAGUCCGGCCUGGAAGAAGGCUGGGUAGCCAACAUUCCCAUCGAUGGGUCCCGCUACCGCCGCUCCCGGGUCUCACCACCGACAGAGACGACGCGCUUCUGCUCCGUAACGACCGUGUACAUGGCCACCGUGGAUGGCGAGGAAGAUUUUAAAGGGCAGUACCAUGCUCACCCGUACGGCGAGAUCAACUGCGUUGUGCCGAUUGAUGAAGGGGCUGAACUGAAGGGGUUGAACGGGUGGAUGGGCAAGGGAUGGACAAGUCCGCAUCCGGGUAGCCACCACUACCCUCAGUGCCGAAGAGGCGGCGUCGUGGCUCUGUUCUUUUUGCCGGCUGGAAGGAUCAGCUAUGAUGCUAAACCUGAGGAUGAGAUGCCUGCUGGUGCUUGA